UGUUUGUGAUGACACUCUGGGGGAAUGCUGCGCAGCUCAGAUCCGACGCACAUUAAUGAAUGCCCGGUCACAGCACAGGUGAGCCAGCCCUUUAGGUUGAUUGGUUUUUAUUUCGUGAUCCGUAAAGACUUGUAACCAGGGCGACAGUAAAAGCAACCUUGUGUUCAGGCAGAGCACUCGCCCCACACCUCCAUCACUAAGGACGUACACCGCGCGCAAAGAAGGCUCUCCGCUCCGGGUUAAAGCAUGAAGGUGCAGCUGGUGCUACCUGUGGUGAUCAUGACGUCUGUGGCUCUGAUGGGGGUCAUGAAAUUACGGCAAAAGGAGCAGGACAAAGAGGACAGACGGAAAAGGUUUCAGGAUAUCAAGCUGCGGGUGACCUAUGAUGUGCUGCAGGAGUACGAGGGCGAGAAGGCGCAGCAGCAGAACCUUCUGGAGAAGACACGGAGUGAGGAGAAGGCGCUGGCGGAGGAAGUGAUCAAGCUCCAGACCCGAGCAGACAAGGCGAAGGGCGACGUGGACGUCUGCACGGGUGAUCAGAAAUCUGCCAGAGAUGAGCUGGCAGCACUCGAGGCCGAUCUCAGUCAUCUCCAAGCUGACAAUGACAAGGAGAAGACCGGCUGGACAGCAGAAGUGGAAACACUGAAACAGCAGCUAGCAGCACCGAGUGGAGUGUGUGGCUUCUUGAAAGCUGGAGCACCUGAAGAAGUAAGCAAGCUGUGUAGCAAGGAAGUAGCUGCAGAGGCCUCUAAACAAGAGGAGCCAAAGGCAGAGGCCCCGAAACAAGAGGAGCCUAAAGCAGAAGCCCCUAAACAAGAGGACCCAAAGGCAGAGGCCCCUAAACCAGAGGAGCCUAAAGCAGAGGCCCCGAAACAAGAAGAAGCGAAGGCAGAGGCCCCAAAACAAGAGGAAGCAAAGGCUGAGGCCCCGAAACAAGAAGAAGCAAAGGCAGAGGCCCCGAAACAAGAGGAAGCAAAGGCAGAGGCCCCGAAACAAGAAGAAGCAAAGGCAGAGGCCCCGAAACAAGAGGAAGCAAAGGCAGAGGCCCCUAAAAAAGAAGAAGCAAAGGCAGAGGCCCCUAAAAACGAAGAAGCAAAGGCAGAGGCUCCUAAGAAGCGAUAAGGUAUUACAACCUGUGUUUUUGACUCUACAACUCUUCCUCUGUUAAAAAAAAAAAAAAGACAAAACAAAAACCAUUUUUGAUAUUUUGCAACCAGAUUCUAGCACGUUGCUUUACUGGGUCGAUGUCACGUGUGGUACUUGUACAGGUAGGAGCCUCAAGAAGAACUGCUCAGUUCCCUUAUUGGGAUGUUUAUUUCAUCUGUUAUUUGUUUUUAUGCAACAAAAUGAAGAAUGAAGUUACAUUUUGAUGUUGGCAUUUGUGGGGUUUUUUGUGUGUGUGAGUAUGUUGGUGCAACAUGCUUUUGUAAUGAACAGAUUGUGUUAUAAUGCAAAUAUUUUCUGCCGGCCAGGUUCAAGAGACAUUUAUUGUAAUUAUAAGGCAAUGUAAGAAAUCACUGACUAAAUAGUGAUAAAGUGAUGUAUUUAAAGCUAUCCAGCGUCUCCUCUGCCGCCUGCUCUGCUCUGCUUCACGUCAUGUUGACAUUGUUCAGUUUCUUUUUCGGUGGCAAGAAUGUUUGUCUGCCAUAAUGCAGUUUGUUUAUGGCACAAAGAAAAUAAAUACAAAGCUCUGAACCAA